AUGCGCUUCGCUUCACUGUGGCAGGCCCCAGAGGUCAACCCUGUCACCCACAAGGCACGAUCCCUUCCCUUCUUCAACGUCGUCAAUAAAUAUGGUCGGACGUUCUUCUUCUCAUGGUUCGGCUUCUUUGUGGCUUUCUGGAGUUGGUAUGCGUUCCCACCGUUGUUGCACGAUACCAUUCAGAAAGACCUCAAGUUGACCAAAACCGACGUGGCCAAUUCCAACAUCAUAGCCCUUUGCGCAACACUAUUGGUGCGUCUCAUUGCCGGACCCUGCUGCGAUAGAUUCGGCGCUCGAUACACAUUUGUUGGAUGUCUCCUCAUCGGUGCCAUACCUACCUUCCUGUCCGGGACGGCAUACAGCAGAGGCCAACUCUUCGCUCUACGAUUCUUCAUCGGCAUUCUUGGUGGCAGCUUCGUCCCGUGCCAGGUCUGGUCGACGGGCUACUUUGACAAGAAUAUCGUCGGCACAGCUAACGCCAUCGCUGCCGGCUUCGGUAAUGCCGGUGGUGGUGUUACAUACUUCGUGAUGCCUUCAAUCUAUGACUCCCUCCUCCAUCGAGGGCUAACACCUCACACCGCGUGGCGGGUCGCCUUUAUCGUGCCUGGCGUCAUCAUCGUUGCCACUGCUCUGUGCAUCCUCUUCCUCUGCGAAGACACCCCAAAUGGCAAAUGGAGUGAACGUCACAACAUUGCUGAAGCCAACCUCGCUGCCCACGGCAUACAGGCUACGCUCGUCGACGCACCUAAAGCCGGCAUCAUGGACGCGCCCGAGUCUCCAAAAGGCGCUGAUACGCCCACCGAGAGCGGCGAGAAGAUGCACUUUGACGCCACGGGUGAACGCAAGACAUCUCAAUUCGCCGACCGUGAAGCCCAGAUGACCGAGCAGCAAAUGCUCGACACUGCGCGCGGCGAAAUUGUUGUCAAACCUACGCCCAAGGAAGUUCUCGGCGUCAUGUUCAAACCCCAGACGUUGGUGUUGGCUUUUUGCUACUUCUGCAGCUUCGGCGGCGAGUUGGCGAUCAACAGCAUCCUGGGCAGCUAUUAUCAAAAGAACUUCAAGUCGCUGGGCCAGACGACCUCAGGCCAGUGGGCAGCAAUGUUCGGUCUGUUGAACGUGGUGUACCGACCCUUGGGUGGAAUCAUCGCAGACAUUUUGUUUAAGAAAACUCACAGUGUCUGGGUCAAGAAGAUCUGGAUCCACGCGCUCGGGAUCAUCACCGGCGUCCUGUUGAUCGUCAUCGGCGUGUUGAACCCCCACGACCAAAGCACCAUGUUCGGAUUGAUUGCCGGCAUGGCCUUCUUCCUGGAAGCUGGCAACGGCGCCAACUUCGCCUUGGUCCCUCACGUCCUGCCGUGGGCCAACGGAGUCGUGAGUGGCAUGACUGGAGCAUGUGGCAACUUCGGCGGUAUCAUGUUCGCCAUCAUCUUCAGAUACCAUCCAAACAGCUACGCGACAUCGUUCUGGAUCAUUGGCGUCAUUACCAUCUCGCUGAACGUGGCACUGUGCUGGAUCCCGCCGGUUGUGAAGAACCAAAUUGCUGGGCGAUAA